ACCGAGGGCAGGGAGGCGGACAGGGGGAGAAAGGUAGGGUGCCAUGGCACAAUCUCUGGCGGCGGAAGUACAGCGGGAUGGAAAAGCUCUUGCAUCAAAAUACAUUAACACGCCAACCUUCUUUCCAUGCUAUCCAGAGACUGAGAUGAUGUCAGAGGCUACAUAUGAAGCUUUGGAUAAAGACGAGGCAGAGGAGGAAACAGAAGAGCUCACUAAUCAGGUGCUUGUCGAAAUUGGUGUUGAUGUUGCCUCACAGUUAUCUUCAGCUCCUAAAGGCCGGAUUGCAGCGAACAACAAGAAAGUAGGCAAUGCCACAAGAACUGAUACAUCUCCAGCAAACAGUGAAGUUGAUGAUCUGGAGAAGAGGUUGGCAUCCCUGCGACACAUCUGAUCAGUCUAAAUGUGAACAUAUGCUUAUUUGUAUACAAAUAAAAUCAAUUACUAAGAAAGGCUUCCCAUUUUUGUUGAUAAAAGCUCCAGCAAUAUCUGUUCUUUUAGGUAAUCCUAGAGUAUAUGUACCAAAGACAUGAAUAGACAUGGAAAUUGCUUUUGGUUCUCCAAGGAGAACAAACAUUAUUAUCAUAUCUGCAAGCGACCAGGGAUGUAGGUAUGGAGUUCUUCAAGCAAUGAAAGAUCAAAGUUGUCAGUCAGAUUGCCUUGGCUUCAUUAACAGUCACAAAAAAUUAGAAUGUAGUGAAUUUUAAUUUCCAAACAGCAGAUUCAAUUGCUGCAUUCCCCUAUGGGACAUAAAACCAACCUGAACGUGCUUAUAUUAUCUGCUCGAGCAUGAUACCAAACUGCUAAUAUAUCAAUAGUUUUGCUUGUUUUCAAACAAUAGUUGCUCUUAUCUCAAAAGAAA